CAUAUGUCCUCACUAACCAAAAUAGACAAUUGUUGUCUUUUAUUUUUUAACACAAUUGUAGGAAACUUCAAAAUUAAUAUGGUGUAUAAUUUUCUCUUCAAUGUCACGUAGUAAACCUCAAAUGAUAUAUUCACAAAACUAAACAAUGUCUUCGACCCUUGCAGCUUCGGCAUACUUCCUUUCCUGCUGUAGACCAAUACACAACUCAUUUUGUUUCUACAUAGAAAAGCCUAAAUUCAUAAAUUUUAACCUCUAUCCUCCUGAGGUUUUUUUAAAACAGUCUCGGCCAGGAUGUAGUCACGACCAUGAAAAGCUGUUGGAUCAUGAUCUUAAGGACUUCAACUCAUGUACGGAUGGAAGGUCUUGGUCGCUAGACGAACAACAAACAAGGCUACACUUUCAGGAUCUUGUUAGCGGACGGAUCCCUCAUUGUGGGAAUGGAGACGCAGGUUCUAACAAAGAUCAGAAAAAGAUCAAAGAUAAAAAGCCACAAGAGCCCAAAAAUCCAGUGGUGGAAAAAAAUCCAGUGGUGGAAAAAAAUACACCGGAGGAAGAAAAUGUAUCAGUGGAAAAAAUUGUAUCGGUGGAAAAGAGUGUAUCAGUGGAAAAUAGUGUAUCAGUGGAAAAUAAAGUUCCAUCAGAAAGAAAAGUACCAUCGGAAAGAAAAGUACCAUCGGGAAGAAAAGUACCAUCGGAAAGAAUUGUACCAGAGGGAGAAGAGAAGAAGGUCAAUAAAUUGGAUUCAGGUGAUGAUCUUGAUGCUCUUCCAUUCUGUCCAUCGGAUGAAGUAAUUAUUUCAGAAUGUUCUUUCGAAGAAAGUACAACAAAAGUAGGACCAUCAAAAGAAUAUGCACCAUCAGAUAUAAGCAAAGAGUCUGAAAAAUCUCUUGGAUCUUCAGUCAAAUCAGAGUCGGGAAAAAUAGGAGCCAUACCAGACUUCGAACCUUCGGUGAUAUCUAUAAAAUCCGAACCAACAUCCCAAUCGUCGAACAAGUCGACAGUUUCAGAAACCAUCCUCGAUCCAGUCGAUGUUGUGGGUCUUACUGACGAGCUUAUAGAAAAGCUUGAUCGUAAUUUGCGCAACUUGGAAUCGACUUUUGACAAGUUUGUGAAAAAAAAUCGUGACUUCAUCCAGAACUUGGUGGAGUGUCUGGACUUUGAGAGGCAAAAACAGAAGGCGCUGGAGAACGACUAUAACAAGCUGAAACAAGAAAACGAAGAGCUGAAAACGCAAAAUGAUUAUCUGAAAAUGGUGAACAACAAACAGUUGGAUCUUUUCAAGAACGAACUGAACAAAGAGAUCAACGAAAGUAAAGUGAUUUAUAAGAGGAAAAUACAUCUGAUGGAACGACAGCUGCAGAACGAUCAGAGCGAUUUGCAAAUGUACAAACAAACCGAGAAGAAGUAUAUAGAAGUGGUCGAACAAAAUGAAGAACAAAUAGAAAAGCUGAAUAACAAAAUCCACGAUUUGAAAAACAAAGAGGUGCAGCUAGUGAGAAACUACUUGGAACUUUUGAAGUUUUUAGAGAACGUCAAAGAUAUCUUGAGCAAUGCUGAUACAAAGGACAUUCCUCAACUCAAAUCUCUAAACACAAUGACGGAGAUAGAAGGUGAAAACGAUCCAAAUGUUAAAAGAGUUUUGAGAAACGCGUUGAACAAUGGAAUUUUAGCAUUAAAUGUCAGAGAUCUGUCUAUCUUGCACGAUGCAAUUGAAGAGAUCAAUCGUGAGCUGUGUCAUCAGACGGAGAAGUGCACAAAGAGCCAUACUGCAGACUCGAGUAACCCUGAGAUUUCCAAUAUAAAUAUUCAUCGUCUUGCCAUAGAACUUUCACACGAUGACUUCCAAAAGCGACACGAGGGUUACACAUCCAGUGAUCCGUCCAUUGACAGAUUCCCGAGCCGACAAAAAGACGAUCGGAAAGUUCGCUUCGAUUGAAGGCAAUCAUUGUGUGGGAAAACUAGAUGUUUUAACUUAUUUGUACGUCUUGGUGAAAAGUGUGUCUGUCGUAUUCUACAAAUACAUUCACAAAAGGAAUUCAUAAA